GUUUGGGUUCUUCAAAGCUCUGAUUUUUAAAAUAGAAAGCCUCAAAUCUCUCUCAGAAAUCUCUUGUUCUUCUUCUUCUCUUCAAUUGCUUGCUCCCAAGUUCAUCUCCUUCUUCUGCAAUCUCUGGUGCUUGUUUUCCACUCUGGAGUUCAGAAUGUGAGCUGUUCUUUCAAUUGAAAUCUCUCUUCCAAGUGUCUGAACUUGUUUUCCUCCUAAAAAUCAUAUUUGUGCACUUGAAGGGACGUUACAUCAGGCUUAAAGAAAGGGUGGCAUUCCCUUAUGCCACUUAACUUAAGGGGAAAAGCCGCUGCUCAAUUUUCUCUGUUCUUGAAGGUCCGUUCAGCUGGCCAAACGAAGGGCAGUUCACCGGUUUAUCUGAAUGUAUAUGACUUGACACCAAUGAAUGGCUACUUUUAUUGGGCUGGCAUUGGGAUAUACCACUCAGGGGUUGAAGUUCAUGGGGUGGAAUACGCAUUUGGUGCGCAUGAUUACCCAACCAGCGGAGUCUUCGAAGUUGAGCCUCGACAAUGCCCUGGCUUCAGGUAUAGGAUGUCAAUAUUCAUGGGAACAACUUGCUUAGAUCCAAUUCAGGUUAGAGGAUUCAUGGAGCUACUUUCGAUGAACUACAACGGCGACACAUACCAUUUGAUUGCCAAGAACUGCAACCAUUUUUGCAAGGAUGCCUGCUAUAAGUUGACAGGCAACUCGAUUCCAAAAUGGGUUAAUCGACUUGCAAGAAUAGGUGCUCUCUGCAGUUGUCUUUUACCUUCAGCUUUGCAAGUUACUGCUGUUAAUCAUGAAACUGAUUACCCAGUCUAUGAAGGUGAAAGGAGGAGGUUGAGAAGUGCUUUCAGCUGUCUAUCUUCACUAUCUAUGAGGCAGAAACAAUUUCUAACUGCAUCUCUCUUCUUGCAUUCACCUUUGAAAGGCUACCUUGCUCCAUGGGAGUUGAGAGGAUUGACGCCAUUUCGCUGAACCAAAGCUAAAAAACAGAGACAUUUUCCUCUCAGGAAUGCUGUCAAUCUGUGAACCAUUCUGUAGUUCUUUCCUCUCUGUUAAUGAUACUGUCUGUUGUAUUCCAAAUUUUCUUAAUUUAAAUUGAAAAGAAAAAAGACAAUUAUCUUUGUUGAU